ACAUUGAAUACCGUGAAGUUGAUAAGCUAAGAGCUAGGCUUCCUCUGCUCAUAAUAAUAUCCAACGAGUUAGUGUGCUUCUCCAACAGCUCAUACGUUAUAGGUUAAUUUGCUCACCGAUCGUGUUGUGCAUCAACGACGCAGUUACAAGUGGCGCAUCUUUUUAGACGAGUGUGUUAAUUUCGAUAUAUCAUGCCGGAGGUUUUUGAAAAUAUGCGUGUUUUUCAAUCCCUUGGGCAGCUCGAGGAUUACAACUAUCCAUUUAUAAGUGAAAUGAAUGGCCUCGGCAUUCUGAGUCCAAGUAAUAGCUCUCAAGAUUCUCAGAUGACUGGCAGCACACCAUCCCCGAUGUCGCUGUCAACAUCGCCCUAUCAUUCACCUGGGGAUUUUAUAACACUCAAUAAUGCCACGGUCUUGGGCAAUCCUUACAUAAAAAUUAUCGAACAGCCUGUUGACAAGUUCCGGUUUCGAUACAAAUCUGAGAUGAUGGGCACUCAUGGGAGUCUGGGGGGUGCUAAUCAUUCCAACAGUCGAAAAAAACACGCACCAACAGUAGAGCUUCGAAAUUAUCCUGGGGAAGCUGUUAUUCGCUGCACACUUGUAACCGCAGAUCCUGAACGUAGGGGUCCCCAUGCCCAUCGGCUAGUACGUAAGGUCGGUAAUCAAGACGAGGAUGAUCCCCAUGAGAUUAAGGUCUCACCAGAAACAAAAAUGCAAAUUGCAUUUCAUGGAAUGGGUAUUAUCCAUACCGCAAAAAAACAUAUUAAGGAGGAACUUGUAAAGAAAAAACGAUAUUUAGCAUUGGAAGACGCAAAACGCAGGAACAUUAAUGUCACUUCAUUGAGUGUUCGCGAGGAAACCGAGAUUAAAAUGGAAGCAGAAUCAGCUCAGAAGUGGAUGAGUUUGAAUAGCGUUGCACUCUGCUUCCAAGCAUUUUCGCCAAAUAUCAAUGGAGUCUUGACUCCUGUUACUGAACCAGUUUAUUCUAAUCCAAUAAACAACCUCAAAAGUGCACUCACUGGCGAGUUGAAGAUUUGUAGACUUGACAAGAUUGCAGGAUCGUGCGAAGGAAAUGAUGAAAUUUUUAUGCUGGUCGAGAAAGUAGGGAAAAAAAAUAUAAAAAUUAAAUUUUUCGAAACGAAUGAAGAUGACCAAGAAUGUUGGAGUGACUUUGGUCGCUUCUCCGAGUUAGACGUGCAUCACCAAUACGCUAUUGUGUUCAAAACACCACCUUACAAAAAUACAGAUAUAACCGAGCCCAAGGAAGUUUUCAUUCAGCUCUAUAGGCCAACAGAUGGUGAUUGUAGUGAGCCUAUGCCAUUCACAUACAAGCCAAGCGAACGAAUGAAUAAAGGUAGAAAAAGACAACGUAUGUCUUAUGGUAGCGGUGAAAUUUCAAUUCCUGCCUUCCAUAAUAUUACAACAACACCAAUAGAAAUGGAUGUUCCGCUGGUGCCAAAUAGUUCAGCGGAAUUUACAAAACUACUCGCAGAUAAUUGUCCGUCCGACGAAAUGCGUAACUUUGUGGAAAGUCUUGAUCUUGAAAGUUAUUUUCAAAAUUCUCAACCGGUGGAUAAUAACUUGAGGUUUGAUAAGCCUUCGUUAAAUCAGGAUAAAACCUCGUUUGCAAAAGAUAUUGUUCAAAAAAUCGUCAAGUUACUUAAAAGUGAUGAGUCAAAUGUGACAGAAAAAGUUCUUGCAUUGCUCAAAGAGCGAACAGCCUAUGGGGACACUCCACUCCAUUUUGCCUUGAGGCAUAAGCAGCUCCAUUUGGUCAAAUUUAUCCUUAUGCUAGUUGCAGACAACUUAGCCUACGAGCCCAUCAUCAAUGCACAAACUAGUUCUGGACGCACCUGCUUACACUAUGCCGCUGAACAAAACCAGCCGGAAGUAACAAAAGGUUUGCUCGCUCUUGGUGCAGAUGCCAACGAGUGUGAUGACCAUGGUUUUUCUCCGCUUCACGUAGCAGUGAAAUUACCAGAAGCUGGCGAGUGUGUAGAAAUAUUACUAAAAGAAGGAAACUUGAAUAUCGAAGCACGAGAUGAUGCUGGAUGGUCCGCCUUCCAUCUUGCUGCUGAAGCUGGUUCUAUUCGAGCAAUUCAGGCUCUCGUCAAAGCAAACGUUGAUGUCAAUAGUACCGAUGCAUCUUAUGGACGAACUGCGCUCCAUAUUGCUGUAGAUGGAGGACACAUAGAAAUUGUAGAUUUCUUACUGAAGAAGACCAAAAUUGAUGUCAAUAAGCGAAAUUUCAGCGGAAACACUGCUCUACAUGGUGCCGUUGUUAAUACUGGUGAACGAGCUAAGGAGUUAUGCGCACUACUUAUGAAAUCUGGCGCUGAUCCAUCAAUUCAAAACCAUAAUCGAGAAGCAGCAAAGGAGUCUCAAAUGCCUAUAAUUAAGAAUGAAGUGGAGUCAGAUGACGAAGAUGACGAAUCAGAGGGGCAAACUUCAUUUGAUUUAGCAUCUGAAAAACCUGAGAUUCUAAAAUUAUUGGCCGGUGAAUCAAGUUCUCUCGAAUCUGCACACUCCUCACCUGAAAUGACAAUAAAGCAGGAAAUUCCGGACGAAGAAGACAGAGACGAUGUUAAAUUCUUGGACGAGGAAACGAUAUCUCUCUUAGUACCGAUACUGGAUGAGUCGAUGGCUUGGGAAAAAUUGGCAAAAUUUUGUGGAUACGAUUUCCUACGACCUUCGCUUAAGAAUAGUCCCACGAGUCCAUCUCGCACGUUACUAGAUUACAUGGAUUUACAGGCUGAUGUAUCAGUUGAGAAGCUGAGAAAAACAUUACUGGAAAUGCAAGAAACAAGAGCUGUUGAAAUUAUUGACGAAAUGAUUUCGAGGCGUACUAGGCGAAUUAUUUGUUAAUAAAGUCCUGAUGUUUCUGUAUUAAUUACUUCUGAAACCCUCGCGGGUUGUACAUUAUUUGAUGAAAAAAUUACUGGUUUUCACAUCAGUUUACAAGCUAGGUGGAUGAAUUCUUCGGGAUUUAUAAAUUACGUUGCAACAACUAUGAUUAGAUUGCAUGUAUAUUGAACCGUUCGAUUCCGAUAAUUCAUUGAUAAUAUCCUGGCCUUAAGCUUGACGUGAUUAUUUAUUUUCAUCAGACUAUAUCAAUAAAAUAAACAACACACCGGUAUUGAUUUUGUGAAAAACUAUUCAUAUUUUUAUAGCUUUUAGUCUGCUCUAUUAGGCAAAGUAAUCGUCAGCAAUUUUUAUGUUUCGUUCAACGUUAAUCUAUUUUCUCACUUGUAUGUGCGUGUCACCUGAAAAUAUUUCAUUGUCAGCGCGAAAUUACGUGCCAGCAACAUAACCAGUAAAAUGUAUACAUAUAUCAUUUCAAAUUCGUAAUACACAAUUUGUGUGAUAAUAAGCCCGGGUGUAAUACUUAAUUGUAAUUGUAAACUAAAAUCAAUCAGUUAUACCGACGUAUCUAUUGUGAUUUUUUUAGUUCUGCACAAUUAUGGAAAGGUUUUUAUCCUGCAAAGUUUAUUUAAAAUAAUAUCAUUCACUAUUCAUAUUUAUAAAUCAAAAUUUAUCAUGGACAUUGAAUUAUAAGACUGUAUAUUAUAUAUAUGUAUGUAUACUUUACCGUUACUAUAAAACUAUUUUGAUUUCAAUCAUACCUCCUAUGUAUCAUCUCAUAAAAAAUAAACUUAUCGCACAGGAUUUUUGGAAAAAAACUACGAACGAUUAAAUCAGUCAAAUGAGAUCGACUUUGGGCUUAUCUUUAACGCAGGUAGUUAGAAAAAAUAUAUCACAGCCUAUCCGUAUACUGUGGAAAGAUUUGUUACAUUGCAAAAAACGUUGGUUUAAAUUCAAAUCUUUCCGGAUUGACAAAUUUUUAUUGUUUUCGACUCAUUUCUAAGUAUUGAAUAACUUUGAUCGUGCGCCUAAUACUUAUAAUAAAGAACAAGCUAAGGACUUACAAUUUUUUAAUCAUGUUUCACCAAUUUUAGAAUUUAUUUUCACGUAGUUUGUGAACUAAUUUUUUCCGACAAACGUGGCUUUAAUAUCAGUCGACCAUCACCUGUAUGCCUAUAUUUUCUCAUCGGUCCCGGGCUGAAAAGCAGAUUCAAUUUGAAAUGACGACAGGCCGACAUUGUAUCUCGGCAUCUUUGUGCUGGCUCAUUUUGUCUAGUUGAUCUCCAUGUAAGUUGUUAUAAAUUUAACUGUACCUAUUAUUAAAGAAUUCUAAAAGUUGAAAUAAUCAA